CAGAGGCACUGUCCCAUCUACAAUUUUCUAUUAAUUGUCUAUUUUAUCUCAUCAUGCUACUAAAAUAUCUCUUAGUCGGAUCUAUUUCUGUAAUUGGUGUGCCUGUAGUCACAGCUGAGUUUGUAUAUGCCGUCGAUGUACCAGAGACACAAGUCAUAGUACCAAUGAGCGAAGCAGUAGCAAAAUGCUUGAAAAUGUCUCGCUACUCAGCAGUUUUUCUUCGAGCAUUCCCUCCAAUGUCAACAAAAUACUAUGAUCGAACAAUCUGCAAUAGCAUAGCUAACGCUAAAAAAGUUGGGCUUCAUGUUGAUCUGUACAUGAGUCCUCUCCCUUCGCCACUAGCGUUGAAUGCGACGGGAGUCAUAGAUACUUUCCUCCGAGUUCUGGAUGCUUGCCAGGAGACCGCAAACAGAGUUUGGCUCAAGGUGACCAAUUCUUUGAUGUGGGGAGUAGACCGAGAGCGUAGCGUUGCCUUCAUCAACAAUAUCACACGGGAAGGUGAGGCCCAUGGUAUUGAUAUUGGAAUUUACACAAAUGAAAAAGAUUGGAAUACCAUCACUAAUUACACGGAUACACUAGAUUUUGAGCCAAAAUUGCUGUGGUAUUACAAUGUGAGAAACAACGGAAUUGAUGGCGAAACAUCAAUGAAUUUCCAAGAUUUUGAAGAGUUUGGACCAUUUAGCAAUAACAUCGGGCAGGGCAAGCAGUUGGUCAAGGUCAAGCAAUUUGGGUAUAGCGUAUCUGUUUGUGGAAUGUCAGUUGGCAGGGACACCUUUGAGAAAGGGAGUUUGGAAAACAAAGUAUCUGCUCCUGUAGCCAGUGAAUCACAGUGUUGCUUUGGAGCUUACAUGCUGAAACUGCUUCAACUUUUCUUUCUCAUUUAUGCUCUAGAGCUAAGCAUACAGAAGCAUGUUUCCGACGACGAAGUCAUUUUGGAUUUUCCUUUGCAAUCACCUCAGGAAGAGGUCGUCUCUUUCAACGAAGGCUUGAACAGGCCAUCAAUCACCAAUAUAUCACAAAGCUGCCAGGGAAAAGGAGACACGGUUGCUUGCUUUUUUGCAGACUCAGUAAAGAGGAUAUCUGAGACUUUAGAUUUUUACUACAAAAAGUUGCGAGAGAUAUUCGGUUGGGGUGGGCCUGGAGAACAACAAGGAGCCAAUGCCAAUAAUUCCACUGGAGCAGUAAAAAAUCGUGAGAUCUUGAAGCUGGACGAAGGACUCCUGGAAAUUGAACCAGGUCAUCAAAAGCUAAGACUGGAGACGGAAACUAUGCACAGAAGGAGGAAGAUGGAUGACGAUGUGAAGCCCGGUCCGCCAGGCUUCGUUGCUCUCUUCACCAUACCCCCUCCAGCCAAGUCUCCUAUGGUCAAAAAAGUGCAUUUUCAAUAUCCGGAGAAGGUGGUGUUAGAGCAAAGAAAUGAUGAGGAUUUUUGUUGCCGAGUCACUUAUAAAGCCGCUUCAGGAGUGGUAAUAGUCUUGGAAGGAUUAUAUUUACUGUAUUAUAUUCUACUUCUAGUAUUCGCCAUCGUAAACCAUCGACAAGCAUGGAGUGUCGUAAUACUCAGUGUUAAUCUGUUUCUACUAAUAUUACAAGUGUUCAUUGCUGCAGUAGGAGUUUGGAAGGAGAAGCCGCAGUUGCUUCAAUCACACUUGAUCUUUUUGUGCCUCACUCUCAUAUGGGACCUAAUAAUGACAACUGCAUUCUUUAUCCUAGCUGUAUAUCCUAGCGCUAAAGAGAACAAGCUUAUCAACUACAGAGGAGCAGAGUUCAAUGGUCCCGGAUUUUCGGUAUCGUGAUGGGAAGUGCAAUGGUGUUUUUCUUCGUGAUACGGAUUAUAACGGCAUGGAUUAUUUGGAAGUAUUGGAGUCUGCUGCGAUUAAAGAAAAGGCGGUCACCCGGAAGCAAAUACUUCGCUGUACCAACUGAUCUAUGAAUUUGAAAUUAUUCCUGAUAAUUGAAUAAGAUUGUAAAUAU